AUGUUUGAUGGCGUCACUUCUACGAAACACAAUGAUGCCAACCAAGGUGGGGGUCAUGAUGCCUACUACAACAACGCCAUCUUGCCCACCAUAUUUGGCAUCAUCUGUUUCCUGGGCAUUAUGGGUAACUGCAUGGUCAUCUACACCAUCCUGAAGAAGACCAAGUGCCGCGCCAAGCAGACCGUCCCCGACAUCUUCAUCUUCAAUCUGUCCAUCGUCGACCUCCUCUUCCUCGUCGGUAUGCCCUUCCUCAUCCACCAGUUGAUGGGCAACGGCUCAUGGUGCUUCGGCGCCACUAUGUGCACAGUCAUCACCGCGCUAGACUCCAACAGCCAGAUCGUGAGCACCUACAUCCUCACAGUCAUGACUCUGGACCGCUACCUGGCCACUGUUCACCCCAUCCGCUUUAACCACGUUCGGACGCCGUGCAUGGCAACCGCGGUUAUCGUUCUAGUAUGGACGCUGUCGUUGCUGACCAUCAUCCCGGUGUGGAUGUACGCGGGCCUCAUGCCUCUGCCUGGCGACCUGGUGGGCUGUGCCCUGCUACUUCCCGAUCCGUCUACCAACAUCUACUGGUUCACACUCUACCAGUUUGUCCUGGCUUUCGCUCUGCCUCUCCUCAUCAUCUGCGUGGUCUUUUUCAAGAUCCUCAAGCACAUGGCCACCAGCGUGGCCCCCUUGCCCCCCAGGAGCCUGAGGGUGCGCACCAAGAAAGUAACCCGUACGGCGGUGGCCAUCUGCCUGGCUUUCUUCAUCUGCUGGGCCCCUUACUACAUCCUCCAGCUGGUUCACGUUGGAGUCCAGAACCCCAGCCCAGCCUUCUCCUACGCCUACAACAUAGCCAUUAGCAUGGGCUACAUUAACAGCUGCAUCAACCCGUUCCUCUACAUUGUGUUGAGUGACACCUUCAAGAGGCAGCUCAUCGUGGCCAUGCGGCCGGUCCACAGGAAGUUCCGGGUCAACCCCACCAGCACAAUGGAGGGUAGUGUUAGUCUGAGAUUGACCACUGACAGACCCCAGCAGGAUCAGAGCUCCAGGGAGCUGCUGCCUGCCAAUAUGGCCGACCACUGAGGCCUGUUGCAUGACAAUCUGAGUUUUGUUGAACCUUUAUUGAACAAGACCUCUUUACCCAGGGAGACAUGGUGUGGCCAGUGGAAGAGGGUAUGAGAUCAGUGUACAAGAACAGUGU